ACGGAAACCUGAGCAGUUCUUCCAAAGAAGAAGCCACUCCGAGACCUGCCCCUUCUGAUCAGAGCAGCGUAACAGCAGAGGGGUUAGACCGGGGACAUAACUUUCACCUCAACGUGGUUUCAACUUCAGCUCUCCAUUUGUGACAUCGAAGGAACUCUGGCAACAGCCGUGGACAAAAUGGAGCGAGAUGAUGCCGUUUCAGUGAAACCCAUCCAUCAGUCCCUCUCUCUGUGUGAGGGUGAGCAGGACUAUGUUGACAGGAGGAAAAGAAUAGUUCUGGAGUCACUCGACAGCCUGGGAAUCAACUGUACCGCAGAUUCAGUUCCCCACAUCGCGCUGCUGGCGUCAGGUGGGGGUCAGAGGGCAGCCGUGGGUCUGGUGGGUUCCCUCUAUCAGAUGGAAAAGGAAGGCCUGCUGGACACUCUGCUCUACCUGGGAGGAGUCUCUGGGUCGACGUGGUCCAUGUCCUCCGUGUACAGUGACCCGCAGUGGAGCGCCAACAUGGACAGAGCAGCAUCCACGCUGUCAGGUCCUGGGGUCGAGCUCGAGCAGGCCCUGGCCUGGCUGGGUGAGCGGGCGAAAGAGGAGUUCUUCUCUCUCACCGAUAUCUGGGGGGUCUUAACCUCUGCUGGCAUCAUGAAACAGAUGGACUUGCGGCGUCUUUCAGAUGAGGCCAGUAGAAACGCCACAAACCCUUACCCCAUCUACAGCGCCAUAGAGAAGGACUGCUUCUCAAAUGGGCCAAUAGAAGGCCAGUGGUUUGAGGUGAGCCCUCAUGAGGCUGGAUUCACAGAGUUGGGUCUCUUUGUUGAAACGUCUCUCCUGGGCAGCAAGUUCCAGAGUGGGGAGCUGCUGGAGCAGAAGCCAGAGAUGGACAUGGUCAAACUACAAGGUGUUCUAGGUUGUGCGUUGGCUCAUGAGGAUACGAUCAGAGAUUUCAUCCCUCCGUGGCUGAAUGUGCCUGGGCAAGUGGACAGUGCCUCUGAAGAGUUCCUGCGUGUAUACAACACCCUUGACAAACUGGUGGCCCUGAUCAGAAGUACAAUUACGGAUCCCACCGCCCUGUCUGACCUGAAUAAGCUGCAGCAAACACUAGAAGACAAGGUAAAUUGUAACAAAGCUGCGUCGCUGGAGUCAAAGAGUUCGGAGGAGAGAAAAAGUAUUUUUGUGCGGUGGAGUAUGGAGCUGCUGGCGGCAGUGGACACCUGGAGCCAAAGUCUGGAGGAUGGAGUUUUUAAAACACGUGUGGCUGUGCUCACUAAGCAAGUCCUUCCCCUGAUUAUGAAGUGGGAGUGGGGGACAACCAAUAACUUCCUUUACCAAUACGAAGAUGUCACCGUUCCGCCUUGCCUUGGCACCAAAGAGAGAUUCCAUCUGAUAGAUGCCGGGCUGCUGAUCAAUGUAGCCUAUCCUGCAUUUCUGGGAGACAAGCGAGACAUCGACCUCAUCAUCGCACCGGAGUACAGCGCUGGAAACAUCUUUGAGACUCUGACUCUUGCCAGAGACUAUGCAGCUAAGCUGAAGAAGCCUUUCCCAGAGAUAGACGACAAGGUCCUGGAGGAGAGAGAGUGGCCUAAGGACUGCUACGUGUUCGAGGGGAAAGGGAAGGAGCCCACGAUCGUAUACAUGCCCCUCUUUAACAGACAAAACUGCCAAGAUGCAGAGGAGGUCAAGGCAAAGAUGGAGGAGUUCUCUACCUUCCAGCGUCCAUUCAGUGAGGAGAAGAUCCAGUCUGUGUUGGACACGGCGAAAGCUAACGUGAAGAACAACAAGGAAAUUCUGCUGAGGGAGAUUAACAAGGCCGUUCACCGCCGACAGAGCAAGAGGUGCGACGGACCUGAGAGGGACGGCCAUGUUUGUGUAUGCCUGUGAAUCAUCUGUCAGUUUUGACCAAGUGUGUUGGUCAAAACCUGAAUGUCACAUUCCUUUCCAGCAUGCAAGAGCAGAUUUGUGAUGAAUUGUACACUGGGGAAUACCACCUGUGUAUGAGGAGAUGCACGUUCGUGAAUUUGGAUCUUUUAGCAAAAUAACCCCCCCCUAAAAUUGUCAUAUAAACCUGCCUGUUUCCCUUUGGGGAAGUCUUGCACACUGCAGAGCUUCAAGUCAGCUGUCAAACACAAAAGACACUCAAAUAAAUAUUCCAAUUAAGUCGAUUAGCCAUCCGUGAUCAUGAGGCUAAUGAUGAUGAUGUAGUGAAAAGAACAAUCAUUUUACACUUUCAGUUUGUCAUGGAUGUCUUUUAAUUAAAACAAUUUGUUAUCAUAUUUAAACUCAAAUUAAUUAAAGCCUUAAGGCAAACUUCCCCCUGUGAAGAAAAAGCACAGCAUCUGUUAGUGACUCGUAAGACAGGUCUGAACUACUCGGGAAUUUUGUUGGUACCUAAAGAGAAAAAUUCUAAUUAAGAGUAAAUUGGGCGAGUGCCACAAAUUCUCUUAAAUCCCUUGUAGAAAUCACUACAACAAAUCUGUUUUGUAUGACUGGUUCUUGUCUGAGGCCCAACGUGCGUGGAAGGAGAUGGUUGGAUUAGAAGGGACUCAAUAAAAAAGGUGUUAACGUCAUAUCUGUGCGUCACUGUCUGAGACAGAGUGCGUGAGAGAGAGAGAUGUGGAUGGCUGAUGAAUAAAUAACCGACUUAUCACUUAUCUUUCAUGUCCUAUUCUCUUUUUCUUCUCCCUUUCAGGAAGCUGGUGCUGCACCAUCUUUGAAUCUGUUCUGUCUGGUGUGGUGUGAACUGACCUUUGUGCUUCCACAGUGAUUAUGAAUCAGACACUCACUUGACUUUGUGAAAGUUUCUCAGAUAGACUCAGCCACAGGAGGCAGAUAAAGCACAGCUUUUAACAUGAGCAAUACUGAAUCACGUAAUUCAUGCAUAUAACGACAUCAGAUAAUUGUGUUGCAAUGUGUCUGUUGACCGACCCAACAAUUGAAUUACAUUAAAUAAUUAAAAUCA